CCUGCGCACGACGAUCCCAUUCUUGUCCUGCAGGCAGCAUUCCGGGUGGAGAGUGAGAGAAAAGAGAGACAGAAGAGAUUUGAGGCCGUAGACUGUACGUUUACACCAAGAAAUACGAGCUGUAUGUCCAAAUCAGCGGCGACGUUUAAGCAAGAUAUGGCCAACCCAGGGCACAUUCAGGGAGAAGACAUGGAACUCUAAGCUAGCCCUCUCCAUCCAUCUCCAUUUGCUGCCUUGCCCACUGCUUGCCAAAACCACCUCUUCUGCUCUUGCUGUGGCGGUUUGGCUCAGACUCCUCUAGUGAAGAAGAGGGGGAAAAAUCCAAGUGGGAGGGAGUAGUAAAGUUUCCCCAGCUGCUGUCCAGACACACACAUGCUGCAUUGCUGCCAUUCCCUAAGCCCUGCUCCAUCUAUCCCUAGGGCACGGCCACUAGCUUGCUAGCAAGCUAGCAAUUGGCAAAAAAGAAGGCCUGUCCUGAGGGAUAAAAAUACAAGCAGACUGUGUUCAGUGGCCUUCUCUUUUUUUCUUACUUUUCCGGGUCAACUAGCCACAUACUUCCCAAGUGCAGCUCCUUUUGUUACGCUGCCAUUCCUGCUGUUUUGAGCACUGGGGGAUUGCUAGUAGCCUGUCAAUCAUACAGUCGGACAGACUGAGGAACCCGGAGGGGGUGGUUAUCAGAGGCCAGGAUGAUGGAGCCCAGCAUGGAGAACUGCCUGGCCCUGGUCCUGCAGAAGGAUGUGGGUCGACGGCUUCAGGUGGGGCAAGAGAUUAUUGAUUACAUUUUGGACAAGGAGAAGUCCCAUGACUUGGAGCAAGACCAGACAGCGCUGGACAAGAUGGUUGAUGGGAUUGCCAGCUCCUGGGUCAAUUCUAGCAACUUUAAGGUGGCUCUGCUCGGCUUGGACCUCUUAUCUGCCUUAGUGACAAGGUUAAUGGAGCGAUUUAGGGCACAAGUGGGAACAGUUCUGCCAAGCCUUAUUGAUCGAUUGGGAGAUGCCAAAGACCAAGUACGAGACCAAGACCAAACUUUGCUGCUAAAGAUCAUGGAACAAGCUGCCACCCCGCAGUUUGUAUGGGACAGAAUGCUGGGAGGCUUCAAACAUAAAAACAACAGAACCAGAGAAGGAGUGUGCCUUUGCCUCAUCGCCACACUGAACACAUAUGGAGCUCAAGGCCUGACUCUUAGUAAAAUUGUUCCUCAUAUAUGUAACCUCCUGGGGGACCCCACAAGCCAGGUACGUGAUGGAGCUAUGAGCUGCUUAGUGGAGAUCUACAGACAUGUUGGUGAAAGGGUGAGGCUGGAUCUCAGCAAGAAGGGCCUGCCACAGUCACGGUUGAAUGUAAUCUUUAGCAGAUUCGAUGAAGUCCAAAGAUCUGGGAACAUGAUCUCAUCUUCCGGUUCAGAUAAAAACUUUGAGGAUGAGGACUCUGUGGAUGGAGGCCGGUCCUCCUCUUCUUCCUCCUCCAAAGCACCCCCCAGUGGCAGGAGGACUGUAAUGAGCUCAGUGAAAAGACCCAGCUCAGCCACCACUACAAAGGCCCCAGGUAAAGAAGCAGGUGCUGGUGCUGUUGAUGAAGAGGAUUUCAUUAAAGCCUUUGAAGAUGUGCCCUCAGUCCAGAUCUACUCUAACAGAGAACUAGAGGACCAGCUGACAAAGAUCAGAGAAGUGCUGUCUGAUGACAAACAUGACUGGGAGCACCGAGUGGUCGCGCUGAAAAAGGUCCGUUCACUCAUGUUGGCGGGAGCUACUGAGUAUGAAGGUUUCCCUCAGCAGUUGCGGCUUCUGGAGGCUCCCUUUAAGCUGUCGGCUAAAGACCUGCGCUCCCAGGUGGUCCGUGAGGCUUGCAUCACACUAGGACAUCUGUCAUCAUUGCUGGGUAACAAGUUUGACCAUGGAGCAGAGAGUGUCAUGCCCACACUGCUGAACCUUGUGCCCAACAGUGCCAAAGUCAUGGCUACAUCUGGGGUGGCUGCCAUACGCCUCAUUCUGAGGCAUACACACUAUCCACGUCUUAUCCCCAUCAUCACCAGUAACUGCACCUCCAAAUCAGUUGCAGUCAGACGACGUUGCUAUGAGUUUCUUGACCUUAUGCUGCAGGAAUGGCACACUAAUACACUGGAAAGACAUGUAGCUGUUCUGACUGAGACCAUCAAGAAAGGCAUACACGAUGCAGACUCCGAGGCCAGGUCCAUUGCAAGAAAGUGUUACUGGGGUUUCCAUGGUCACUACAGCCGGGAAGCAGAGCAUCUGUUCCAGGCGCUGGAGUCCACUUACCAGAAGGCCCUCCAGUCCCACCUGAAGAGCUCUGACAGCAUUGUGUCUCUACCUCAGUCUGACCGUUCCUCGUCAUCCUCACAGGAGAGUCUCAACCGACCACUGUCUGUGAAGAGUGUCAUUGGAGGGAGCAUAACUAGGAGUAAGCUAGUGGGCACCAGGGUGUCAACUACACCAGGUUCCCUCCAGCGCUCCCGUAGUGAUAUUGAUGUAAAUGCCGCCUCCAGCGCCAAGUCACGUCUUUCCACUGUUCCUGCCUCCUCACCAUUCGGCACUGCAGCUGCCCUCCCCCCAGGAUCCUACGCCUCAUUAGAUGGUACUCCCGGUAAAAGCGAUGGUCGUGUUCGCACAAGGAGACAAAGCUCGGGCAGUGUAGGAGGAGCCAAUACAUCAGUUGUGGACAGCAGGGGGCGAAGCAGGGCCAAAGUGGUCUCCCAGUCCCAGCGAUCCAGAUCAGCCAAUCCCAUCAGUGCUGGCAGUCGCUCCAGCUCACCAGGAAAGCUUCUUGGGCACAGCAGUUAUGGGCGGAUUCCUCGUGUCACGGCAUCAGCCUCCACUACGCCAGCGGAUAAGCGCAGCAGGAUCCCUCGCAGCCAAGGUUGCAGCCGAGAGACCAGCCCCAGCAGGCUCGGCCUUGCCAGCCUGUGUGGUAAAGCUCUUCUUCCUGCUGCUCUUCCCUACCGCACGCUAGCCCGGAGCCGCAUUCCCCGUCCCAGCAUGAGUCAAGGUUGCAGUCGCGACACCAGUCGCGAGAGCAGCCGUGACACCAGCCCUGCUCGGGGUUUUACUCCACUGGCCUCCCGACGUCACUCCCGUUCAACCAGCGCUCUUUCCACAGCCGAUCCCCACGGCCAGUCAGACCGAUAUGGUUUGAUUCACCAGGCAAGAAUUUCUGCAUCAGUUAAUGCCAUGAGGGUCCUUAACACCGGCACUGAGGUGGAGGCAGCAGUUGCUGAUGCACUGCUAUUAGGAGACUCCCGGAAUAAGAGGAAGCCGUUGAGAAGGAGGUAUGAAUCACCGGGGAUGUACUCUGAUGAUGAUGCCAACAGUGAUGCAUCUAGCGCAUGCUCAGAGCGCUCAUAUGGCUCCCGAAACGGAGGCAUUCCUCAUUAUCUGCGUCAGACUGAGGAUGUGGCAGAAGUCUUGAACCACUGUGCCAGCUCCAACUGGUCAGAGAGGAAGGAGGGUCUGUUGGGCUUGCAGAAUCUCCUCAAAAGCCAAAGAAUACUGAGCCGAGUGGAGCUGAAGAGACUUUGUGAGAUCUUCACAAGAAUGUUUGCAGAUCCACACAGCAAGGUGUUCAGCAUGUUUCUGGAGACUCUUGUGGACUUCAUCACAGUACACAGGGAGGACUUGCAGGACUGGCUUUUUGUCCUGCUCACUCAGCUCCUGAAGAAGAUGGGGGCAGACCUGCUGGGAUCUGUCCAGGCCAAAGUCCAGAAGGCCCUGGAUGUCACAAGGGAGUCUUUCCCAUUCGAUCAGCAGUUCAACAUUCUGAUGAGGUUUAUUGUGGAUCAGACUCAGACACCAAACCUCAAGGUAAAGGUGGCCAUUUUGAAGUACAUAGAGUCCCUGGCUCGGCAGAUGGACCCAACAGACUUUGUCAACUCAAGCGAGACACGACUGGCAGUAUCUCGCAUCAUUACUUGGACCACUGAACCCAAAAGUUCUGAUGUCAGGAAGACCCUUCAUAACUGGGUGAGUGAAGAGCUAGCUGGCAGGUCCAGUACUGCAGCCUUACUGUCCACUGAGGGCAACCAGGAAGAAAGGUGUAAGCAGGCAGCUCAGGUGGUGCUGAUCUCCUUGUUUGAGCUCAACACUCCAGAGUUCACUAUGCUGCUGGGAGCCUUGCCCAAAACCUUUCAAGAUGGAGCCACUAAACUGCUGCACAACCACCUGAAGAACUCGAGCAAUACCAGCAGCAGUGUGGGAUCUCCGAGUAACACCAUUGGUCGGACGCCACAACGCCACACUCCCAGCAGAACCAGCCCCCUCACCUCACCAACAAACUGUUCCCACGGUGGACUGUCUCCAAGUCGGUUAUGGGGUUGGGGUGUCGACGGACUGUCAAAACACCCCCCUGCCCCUCCUCCUCCUCCUCCGCCUCACUCCACCCCUGCUGCCCCCUCCCUAAGGGUCCUGCGCAGAGCAUAUUCUCCCAGCAUGAUGGAAUAUGACACAGAAAACAUGAAUUCAGAAGAGAUCUACAGCUCACUCCGCGGUGUCACUGAGGCCAUCCAGAGUUUCAGCUACCGGAGCCAGGAGGACCUCAAUGAGCCGGUCCGAAGGGAGGGCAAGAGGGAUGAUGCAGCAGGGAGAGAAGGAGUAGCAUCAUCUCCUGGUUCUGAUGCCCGCUUGGGCUUAGACAUGGUGGAAGGGGGUCGCACCGCCUUGGACAACAAGACAUCUCUACUAAACACACCUUCACCACGCUCUUUCUCUGGGCCACGGAGUCGUGAGUUUGCACCAUAUGGCUAUGGAGAAACGAUCUGCACCUAUGACAAGAGUGCCCUGAAGGAGGCCGUCUUUGAUGAUGAUGUGGAACAGUUCCGAGACUGCCGCCGUCAAGAAAGUGGCGAAAACAAGAUGACACUCCCCAAGGUCUUUCCUGUUGGUCAGGACCACUCAGACCUGGUGGCUGAUCUGCUCAAGGAACUGUCCAAUCACAAUGAGCGCUCUGAGGAGCGUAAAGGCGCCCUGUUGGAGUUGCUUAAAAUUGCACGAGAAGACAGCCUGGCUGUGUGGGAUGAACACUUUAAAACCAUCCUCCUCCUCCUGCUGGAGACACUGGGUGAUAAAGAUCACACCAUCCGAGCCCUGGCCUUGCGUGUGCUCAAAGAAAUUUUGAGGAACCAACCAGCCCGCUUUAAGAACUAUGCUGAGCUAACUAUCAUGAAGACACUGGAGGCUCACAAAGACUCUCACAAGGAGGUGGUGCGUGCAGCUGAGGAAGCGGCGUCCACCCUAGCCGGCUCCAUCCACCCGGAGCAAUGCAUCAAGGUGUUGUGCCCUAUUGUGCAGACGGCCGACUACCCCAUCAACCUGGCUGCCAUCAAGAUGCAAACCAAAGUCAUUGAACGCAUCGCUAAGGACUCAUUACUGCAGCUGCUGCCCGACAUAAUCCCUGGACUUCUGCAGGGCUAUGACAACACGGAGAGCAGCGUUCGCAAGGCCAGUGUGUUCUGUCUGGUGGCUAUCUACUCUGUGAUUGGCGAGGAGCUUAAACCCCACCUGGCACAGCUCACGGGCAGCAAGAUGAAGUUACUGAACCUGUACAUCAAGCGUGCCCAAACAACCAACAGCAAUAGCAGCAGUUCCUCUGAUGUCUCCUCUCACAGUUAGUAUCGGGAGGAUUCAUGUGGAAACCCUGUGGAUGGACGCCUUUCAAGGAUUUCCAGGACAAAGCUGCGCUUCUUUCAGACCUCUCUCUCUCUGAGCUUCCUCUCCCCAUUAUAUUUCAAGUUCUGCCAUGCUUUUCUCCUAUUUUGAAGGGAUUCUGUUCAAUGAAUCGGUGAUUAGUUCAUUCCUCCAGCCCGCCUCUGUUCUAGAAACUUUUGAAUGUAACUGCUGUAUUGGUUGGGAAUCAACACAUUUGGAGUUUUUUGGAAAUGGCACUUUCUCUUCCUCCAUGAUUCCCACCAUCUCCAGAUCAACUUUCGUCAUUGGAGGCCUGUUUGUCCCUCAGCCCCAGAUUUGUUAGAAGUUCACACAUGAUAUUGUGAAAUGUUCACGUCAAAGUGGAGGAAUGUUGUCCCACAAAAACUUCUGUCAAAUCAGUUACAGUUUGGGAUGAGAUGUCAUUUGGCUGGUCCAGUGAUGGUAACAAGCCCAUAAGUUUUGCAAUGAAUUCUGUUUUAGGGAGCAUAAAAAACAAAUAUUGCAAGAAAUAAAUGUGACAGAAAUAAGAAAAUACUGUGUCAACAUUUUUAGUUAAUACUUAGGUUUAAGAUGUGGCUCAUGGAUGCCUGUCCAUCGAUUGUAAGCGUUUUUUAUUCUUAUUUGUUCUUAUAAGUGGCUUAAUACAUUAAAUCCCCCUUUCACAAAGUCCUUGGUUUACUCAACUUUUCAGCCACAUAAUUGACAAUCCUUCAAAUUGUGUGCAGAUCUUUAGAUUGAGGUGCAAAACAUGAGCUUGCUGUUUAGCUGCACAAUGAAAGAUGGCUACAUUAGGCUUCAAAUUCACAAUCAGCAGACCAAGUAGAAGCUGAGCCCAUGAAAAGUUGUUGCCUGUAUUUUUACACUAAAGUUUCUGCAUUAAGUUCUGAAACUUUUCAAAAAAUUGCCAUUUGUUGCCAAUUUGUGUCAUCUUCCCUGUAAAUCUGCCAGGCCACUGUUCAGUCUGAGUACGUUCAGGUACACCGUGUCUGAAGAGGAAGUCCUUUGUAAAUACCACAGAUGUGGAGUUGGGAGAGAGACCAGCACCUGAGAACAGUCGAAAAGACUUUACCAAGCCUUAUUCACUUUACACACGCUUAUGUUUGUUGACUGGAUUGCGGAGAGUGAAUGGGAUGUACAGCACUGUAUCUGUUUGCUCUCAAAAAAAUGUGAAUCUGCAGGAAAACAGACCAUGGCCGUGUUCUUGACCUGCGAUGAUGCAAAUCCAGUAUUAGUUGUUUCCUCUGAUCUCCUUCAGUUUCCCUUCAUGUACACACAGCUUCUGCAAUAACCGCAAAUCAACCGACAAAGGUAUUUUGUACAUACACUUUUCAACUACUGCUUCACAGAAUUUUACAUAAUGUCAAAAAAACAAAAAGCGAACAGGUUGACUAUCUAAAUUUUUUGCAUGUUAGCAAAAUAGCUUGCAUGUAACCUGCAGCACAUGUCAACUUUGUGCUGUUUUGAAAGGCCCAGGUUUUAGGCUGUUAAGUGCACUUGUAACAUCAUCGGGUUACUCAUCUCUGAUUUCAUGUUUCAGGAGAGGAACAAGUCACAUUUGAUCAUAUGUAAAAGGUACAACAUGGAGCAAACACUGUUGACCAAACCUUUGUUUGGUUUAUUUAAGUACUUAGGUGGAGAAUUUUUAAAAAGUCUUACCUCUGGGCACGACUUUAUUUUGAGGUAUCAAAAAGCUUUAAAAUGUUGGAUUCCUGCUGAGACGCUACAUGGGUCCCUGACUAGGGACAGUUUCCCAUCAUUACUGGAUAUGAUUUGAUUUAUCAGGGUACAGUUAAUCUACCGUGAAUUCUCUUGUCUCAUAUGCUGACUUCUAGCAAAUUAAUAAUAAUGAUUAUUCCUGAUUUUGCUUGAAAGAAGCCUGAGUGUAAUGUGGGACUUUUAGUUACUGGGUGUUCUCAUUUAGGUAAUCCACUGAGAAUGGGCCAAUUAUGGUUAUUUAAGUAAAUGAAUGUACAGAAUUGACAUGCUUACGUUGUAACUUGCUGUUGGAGUAUUGGUACUGAAAACGAUUUCAACAACAUGCCGCCCUGCACACUCUGUAAAAUGCCUCUCCUGACUUUUCUUUCAUCCAGUUCUCCUCAACAACUUCUGACCCAUUAAUCAGCUGAGCUUCCUCCAGUUAAAGCAAAUCUGUGAGGAAAAGUUUACCCAACUACCAGUCACUAUUAGGAGGUGGCGCCCACCCUGGUCCUACAAACAGACAUGGUAUUUUUUGCAAACUGUUCACUAUGCAUGUUCAACAGUACACUUUUUCUUUUGUGUCAAUCAGCCAUGUAAUAUUCAUACCUGUAUUUAUAUAUUUUAUUUUCUCUCAUGUUAAAUUGUACAGAAGGGUUUUUGUUAACAUCCAUCUGUGAUAGAUUUGCAACAAUGUAAAGAAACUGUUUGCUCUAGAAAUAAAACUGAGAACCGA